AUGAACACCGUCCGUUCGUGUCUCGCCACCACCGUCGCGAUUGGCUGGUGGGCAGCCGACGCUGUGGUCUGUUGCAAAAGUAGUUCAGUCGCAACUGUCGGCGAAGACGUCGUAGCGUCAUGUCAGGACAAAAAUCGGACGUUCCACAUGGUCGAGGCGAUCGGCGGUGGCACGUGCGAUGACAACCGGACGGCAAUGCCGGUAUCGUUGAUACGAACCGCAAGUUUUAAACCAUCUCUUGAGUUUAACCACAGGUACACAACGCUACUGUUGGACGACGCUAAGACAUUUUCAAACUUUGCGAAAAAGAAGAAUGUUGAUGCAGACGAUGUGAAAAUUGCAAUACAAUUGGCACAAGACGGAAUAUUUUGUCGACCUCCUCCGCGCGAUAUGUUAAUGACAGCAAGUCGUGAAGUAAACAAAAUACCAUUACCUCCAGUAAGGCCUGCUAGUGGACUGCGAAUUCCUCAGGAUCGUUCAACUUUCUUACAAACAAACUACAGGCUUAAGAACGAUUUGUAUUCUGAAGGAAACAUGCGUAAAGACACUAAAACAACAGCUGCAGAAAUGUUGGAGGCAUCUAGAAAACUACAAACUGAAGACAAUCCCUUUCAGAAAUCUAUUCAAAUGAUGAACAAUUCAAUGGAGUUUGAUUUGCAAGAAAUAAUUGAAAAUCAUCAAAGCAGUCAAGAAAGCAUUGGAGAAAAUGAAAAAGAUGAAUUUACUACGUACUCUGAUAUCGACCUUGAUGAUAUUGUUUAAAAACUACUUGAUAUGUAAUUUAUCAGGGAUAACAAAGGUAAUUAAAAUACUAUAAAAUAGUAUCAUCACUCUUUUAUUCAAUAUUAUACUUUAAAAUUUUCUUUAAUUUACUGUUUAAAGUCUAUUAACACAUUGACUACCAUGUGACUGCCGGCUGUCACCUGUAAUUCUCAAAUUUAUAUUAUUUUCCGACUGCCGUGUCGCAUUACUACCACUUCACGUCAUGA